UUCACUUUCCAAGCUGUGCCAUGGAAAACUCUGUGUGUCGCAAGGAAACAAGCUGAUCAGCUAUAGGCUGACCUCAAGCAAUGCAGUCCAACAAACUCUCAGAUGAUGUGGAGGGAAAUCCUGACAGGGUGGAUCCCUUCUACCAGCAAGGCAAAGUGGCUUGUGUCAUGUUCACGGUUCUCCUCCUACUUUCAUUCUUGGUAAUAGGAAUCGUAACAGGUCUCAAUUUCAAGAAGACUUCACAAGAGGAUCAGACCAGAGGUCUUCUUUCUGAUGAUAUUACACCCAUCCCAUUCCAGUACAAUGGUGACAGAGGGCUCUGCUCGGAUGGUUGGGUUUUAUAUAGGAACUCCUGUUAUUUGAUAAUGAAUGUUUAUGGGACAUGGGAAUUAUCAAAGUCUUUAUGCCACAACUCUGGGGCGCACUUGAUGGUUGUGAAUAGUGAGGAAGAGCUGGAGUUCAUUUCAAGAGUGGUUCAGAAGAGGGCUGACUAUUGGAUUGGUCUCAAGAGGGACAAAAUGGGCCAGUGGUCCUGGGUUAAUGGAGAUAAUUAUUAUUCAAAUCCACAUUUCUGGGAUGAAAAUCAACCUGCUCAUUGGGAUUUGGAGUCCUGUGCUCACUUAACAGGAUCUGACACGGUGCAUCGAAAGCUGAUGCAUGAUGCUGACUGUCACAGACAACUGUAUCACAUUUGUGAACGCAAACUAGAGAAAGGCAUGCGGUAGGAAACUUGACCAUCACGUCAACUGCAUUAGGCUGACCUAAACCUAGCUCUGGCUU